AUGCAACAAGUAUUAUGUUGUCGUAAUGAAAAAAUUAUUGAAAAAACUGUGCGUGCACUUGCCAUUCCAGUUCUUCUACCAUUAAUCGAUUGUUUAAAUAAAUAUCUUUAUCAAAGUGCAGACAAAGGUCUUAUUGCAUCAAAAUGGUUACGAGCUGUAUUAAGUACGCAUACAUCAUAUCUUAUGACAUGUCCCGAUAUAACAGAACGUCUUGGUCCAAUGUAUGAAUUAAUCGAAGCACGUACAAGACUUUAUCCAAAAUUAGCAAGACUUCAUGGAAAAUUAUCACUUAUUGCUUCACAAAUCAAUAAUCGCAAUAAUGAAUUAUCAAAUAGUGAUGCAACUAUUUCAACAAAACCAUCAUUUGUUUUUGAAGAUGUAUCUGAUGAAGAUAUUGAUGGUGAUCAAACACAAGAUGAACUUGUACCUAGUCCAUCAGAAUAUGAUGAAUAUUCAGGUUUAUCUGAUGAUCUUGAUCUUGGUAUACAAGAUAAUGAUAAUGAAGAAGAAGAAGAAGAAGAAAUGAAUGAAAGUGAUAAUGACAUAAACUUCGAUGAAAAUGGUCAUGUCAAUGGAGAUAAUAACGAAAGUGAUGAUGAUGAUUCAUCAUAG